AUGGCCAAGAUUCUCAAGCCAGUCACGCACGAGACGGGGGCGUCUGAUCCUAUCAUCACAAACAUCGUCAAGGAGGACAGGGUGCCAUGGUAUCGCAAGCCCAACUUGCGCUACCUCUAUCUGAUGCUCUUCCCGACGUGCAUGGGCAUCGAAUUGACUUCCGGGUUCGACUCGCAACUGAUCAAUGCUCUUCAAAUUGUCCCGUCGUGGGUCGAUUAUUUCGGCGAUCCACAAGGCUCCCUGAAGGGCAUCAUAGCAGCUGCCUACUCUCUCGGCGCCAUUCUCUCAUUACCUUUCAUUCCAAUAGUGAAUGACAGGUUCGGUAGAAGAUGGUCGAUUUGCGGAGGAUCGGUCAUCAUGAUCAUCGGUGCGGUGGUUCAAGGAGCAUCUCAGCACGUCGCCAUGUACAUUGUCGCCCGCAUGAUCCUCGGCUUUGGAAUCCCGACCUGCAUCGUGUCUGGGUCCUCCUUGAUCGGUGAACUCGGCUAUCCCAAGGAACGUCCUGUGCUUACAUCCCUCUUCAACGUCGCCUAUUUCGUGGGUCAAAUUACAGCAGCUGGGAUCACGUUCGGCACCAACAGUAUCGCAAGCAAUUGGGCAUGGCGGAUCCCGUCUCUCCUGCAGAUGGCACCGUCAAUGAUCCAGAUUUCCUUUGUGUUCUUCCUUCCGGAGAGCCCCAGAUGGUUGAUCACCAAGGACCGUAGCGAUGAAGCCUACGACAUCCUAGUCCACUACCAUGCCGAAGGCGAUAGCCAAUCCGAGUUUGUCCGUGCAGAAAUGACCCAGAUCCGCACCACAAUCCAGCUCGAGCGCGAAGCAUCCAAAGACUCGUGGUUCUCGCUUCUCCAAGCCGCCGGCAUGCGACGCCGCGCCUUGAUCACCAUGUUCCUUGGCUUGUUCACGCAGUGGAGUGGUAACACGUUAAUUAGUUACUACCUUGGCGACCUGCUGGCCAUGAUCGGGCACACCGAUUCCGUCUUCAAGCAGAAAGUCAACCUCGGCAACUCCUGCUGGUCGCUGGUUUCUGCUCUCACCAUGGCACUGAUCGUCACGCGCUUCAAGCGCCGGACCAUGUACAUGGUGUGCACGAUCAGCUUGUUGGUCGUGUACAUCUGCUGGACGGUCACGAUGCAACAGUCUAUGAGCGCUCUGGACCAGGACAAGAAGAACAAUGCCGCCGGCGCGGCCACCAUCUUCUUCAUCUUCCUGUACUCGCCGGCGUACAAUCUGGGAUACAACGCGCUCACCUAUACCUACUUAGUCGAGCUGUGGCCUUACGCGCACAGAUCACGAGGUAUAACCUUUUUCCAGUUCUUUGGUCGUGGAGCCAAUUUCUUCACGACUUUCGUCAAUCCGAUCGGCCUGGACAAUAUCGGCUGGAAGUGGUUGAUCACAUACUGUUGCUGGCUCGCGUUCGAGAUCUGUUUCGUGUGGUUCUUGUUUCCCGAGACCGCCAACCGAACCCUGGAAGAGUUGGCUUUCUUGUUCGAAGACAAAGCCCUGGCGGAUCAGGCUGUACAUGCGGUUGAGAAGACCAUCCAUCACGAAGAUAUGGGCCACGAGCCCGAGCCAAAACCGGUCCAGGCUGGUCAAGCAAAAUUGGUCGAGGAAGUGUCAAAAGAUCAGGCUUAG